CGUAAAUGUGUGGUGAUAAUUCCAUCGGAAGAGGAGAUGAUUGCGCGACAGAUGAAGCAAUCGCGCAUGGAAGGCGCUGGCUCGAUACCAGUGGAAGCUUUGCUGGAGUUGAAAGCAAUGCUCUCUAUACCGGAUGAGAAGACCGAACCGAUUGAAGAAGUGCUCUUUGUGGAGCCACCGCUCGAAAGGAUCGGCGAUGCAAUUGAUCUCGUUCUUCGGCAUAAAAGAAGAGGUCGUCGAGGUGAACCACUGCGCCAAAACGAUUCCAGAGCAGCAAAUAAUUCGAGUACACGUAUGUCGUCUGGUAAGGAAUUCUGCACGAAUUCUUUUCUUGAUAGGUGUUAA